UGUGUGUAACUGUGUGUCUCCAGGUUGAAGCCAAUGUGUAGGGACGUGUCCUCUUCAUCUGUGAUCUACAGACCUCUGGGAACACUGAAACGCACCAGACAGGAGCAGCACACCCACGAUGUGGACUGUGCUGAUUGGCUGUUUGAGGGGGCGGACCUGGCCCCUGUGAGGAAGAGGGUGAUGAUGCAGGAGGCCACAACCACAACUCUUCCUAACCCUCUGGACGAACCACUACCUCUACCCCUAACACACACACCUCUCACCACAGGAGACUACAUGGACUGUACUGAAUCUAAUGAGGAAGAGGAGAGUGACUUGGAGGAAGAAGAGAGAGAACAGGAGAGAGACUUGGAGGAAGAAGAGAGAGGUGGGGACGAGGGGUCUACAUCUAAUUCUGGCCCCUCUCCUCCUCGCUGGGAGGAGUUUUUCACCACAGAGACUCUGACGGACAGCCAGAACAGCCAACCACACUCCUGCUCUCACACAAGCCCCUCCCACUCCACACUCACAGGCUCUCAGACCCCAGAGCUGUUUGUUGAUGACUCCGCCCAAAUCCCCUUGCUGUCCAUUCCCAUCUCAGCUGGGCGAGGCCUGAGCCAGGCUGACAGCAUGCUCAUCCAAUCAGAAGACUGGUGUCAGGGAGAUGUAUUGACCAAUCUGGAGGUUGGGGGGGAGGAGAGUGGCAGUCAAACUCACCAACCGGAGUCUCAGGUGUCAUCGGACUUUGACAUUCCGUCUACGCCGGAUUCACAAACACCUGGACCGGACGACCUGAGCGCUCUGUACAGGAGACUGGCCGCUGGAGAGGAAGUGGUCAUCAGGACAGGAAGUCCGUCCCUCUGACCCCGUCUAACUCUGUGUAUAUAGACACCACAGGGAAGAGGAAGCGACACAUCCCACUCACUAGUUUCUUCUGAUUGAUAUACAGUCAAUGAGCUGAGCGGACCAAACCCAGCUGCUAAUGCAUUGGUGCUGAUGGGAGAGCCUCCAUCUAUAGACAAGUUUACGCGCUGUAUCCCGGGUGGCGCCAUAACUCUACACAAAUGCAUUUCAUUUCCGCCGGAAGUUGUUGGCACAACGUCUGCCGGUGUAAACACAGCGAUGUCGACGCUAGCUUGGGAACACGGUUCUACUACUAUGCCGCAACCCGUCAAGGAGCGGAGGGGGAGGAACUUGCAAGGGACUAUUUGGAAACUCUGGGCAACAGCAUUGAAACCAAAGGCUUAGUGGUGUGCGAAAAGGAACCGUGGCUUGCAGCAUCUCCCGAUGGAGUGAUAAACAACGACAUUCUGUUGGAGAUCAAAUCACCUGUGAUGGGAAACAAGUCACUUGCAGAAUUUUUGGCAACAAAGAACUGCGAAAUCACAACUGUGGCAAACGGAGAUAGGGUAGAUUACCAUAUUGCCUGCAAUGGUCCAAAAGGCUACUACAUGCAGGUACAAAUUGGGAUGCACUGCACAGGGCUUCAGCACUCCAAGUUGGUGAUCUGGAACAAAACUGAG